AACAGGGCAAGUCAUUAUUUCCCAAAAUUCAUUACUAUGUAUAUGGUAUCAGUCGCUUAGGGUUUUUCCUUCGUUCCUCCCUAUGGCCGGCUCAACCUCUGCCUCUGCUACAUCAUCGUCGAUGGCGCCCUCAACCAUGGUGCAGCCGCUAUCGUCAUCCAUGACUCCACCAUCGUCAACUAUUGUUCCCAGCAGUCCAGUUCAGGCCUCCGGAUCAAGCAGCAGCAUCUCGCGCGCGAUCCAGACCACGUCCUUCAUGGCGCCGCCUCAGCUUUCCAACGCACAACCGUGGUCUCCGAUUCCAGCUUCUUUAUCACAACGGUUUCCCUCUCUACCGCCUCUAGAAUCAUAUAGAUUGUUUAAUAUGCCUGAACCGUUUUCAUGGGCACCAUCCUCCUCCACGGUCACUGCUCCUGCGUCCACAGUACUCCCUAGCAUCGGUAAUCCGGUUGUUCCGUUCGCAGGUCCCACUCUUUCCGGCCAGCCAGGCAUUCAACCGCAUCAACUCUUUCAGCAAACUGCCACGCCAGGUUUGCAUCUGUCCUCAACUCUUUUAUCAUCCCUGGCAUCUCAUAUGGCCUUUUCCACACCUAACGUUAAUAAUAUUGUGACUACUCGCCUUUCGGCCGUGGAAGAUUAUUUACCGUGGAGGACUCAGUUUGAAUCCUUUUUAGUUUCUCACAGCCUUUUGGGUAUUCUAGAUGGAUCCAUUCCAGCUCCUCUAACUACUGACCAUGAUUAUCCUUAUUGGUUAAAAAUUGACCAAACUAUUCGCUCUUGGCUCUUUGCUACUCUGGCCCGGGAUAUUUUGAUGGAAGAUUAUGAUCUGAAGUUUUCUCACCUUAUUUGGGAAAGACUUCAAUCUCGUUUUAUGUCUGCUUGCUUCACUCGUUCUAUUGAGCUCAAGCGGGCAUUAUCACAUGUGAAAAAGAAAGAUAAUCAGACCAUGGACCAAUAUUUGUUAGAAAUAAAAAUCACGGCGGACAAUCUGGCAACCAUUAAUUCCCCGGUUAGUAAUUGGGAUUUAAUUGAGUAUGCCAUUAUUGGUUUGGGUCGUGAUUAUGAGUCUCUUAUCACUGCUAUUAACUACUUCCCGGGUAAUGCUACGUUGGAGAACUUAAGGCCAAUUCUUCAAGCACAAGAGCAUCACAAUAAUUAUUUACGGGAACAAGAUGCCCUGCCAACACAUCAAGCUUUUGCCGCAGCUCAGGGUGGUCCUCCAGCAGGUCCAGGCCGAGGAGGUGCUCCUCGGGGAGGGGGUGGUCCUCGUGGGGGACGUGGACAGCGCGGUGGCAGACGAGCUCGUGGCGGCCGCGGGCGUGGAGGCCGCGGUUACUAUCAGCAGUUUCAGCAAUACGGCGCACCGCCGUAUGGACAGCAGCAACCCUAUGCUGCACCGCCAGGACCACCAGUAGCUCUUGUAUAUCGUGGCAAUGCAUAUCCUCCGGGUCCAGGUUUCCAUCUGUGGAUAAUUCUUUUCAGUCCCCGCCACCUCCGGUUGUCUGUCAGUUGUGUUUUUCUCCAGGUCACUCAGCUCUACAAUGCUCCCGGUUUAAUUCUUCUGGUACACCUGCUCUCGCUGCCCUACCUACUGGUGAAACACAUGAUACGGUCUGGUAUCCUGAUUCUGGGGCUUCCGCUCACAUGACCCCUCACGAAGGACAAUCAAACGGGGGAGCUUCUUCUUCAGGCACCUAAUAAAAACCAUGUUUACCCUUUCCAUGCCUUUCAAGCCCGUGUAGUUCCUGGUCCGAUAUGGCACAAGAGGUUGUGGCAUUGUGGUGAUAGAGUCCUUGGUCGUCUUAGGCAAAAUAGUUUAAUUACUAGUUCAUCUUCUUUUAAUCAUGAUUGUGUCUCGUGUAAGUUGGGUAAAUCCCACAGACUUCCAUUUAGUGAUGUUAUUCAUGAUACUACUGCCCCAUUGCAACUUAUACAUUCAGAUGUUUGGCAAUCGCCAAUUUUAUCAAAUUUGGGUUUUUAAGUAUUAUGUUUC